AUGGCAGCCCCAAGAGAUAACUUCGGCCGUCUUCCAUGGAUGGCCCUGGGGAUCAUUAUUUGCAACCUUCCCGAUCUUCCUUCUAUCUUCCGUCUCCUUGAAGCAAGCGAGAGUUCCAAGAGUAUCGUUUUAUCUCAGAUUCCUAACCUUGUCGAGAUCAUCGAGAACAACAUCAACCGUCCAGUCGCCGAAGGAGGCCUUCAUCCCGAGAAUAAAAUUCUACUGCGGCUGUUUGCUCUAAUCUCCUGGCGCACUUUCUCAGGCCUUGAUGAUAACAACCUACUGCCCCGUUACUACCAAAAUGUCAUUCCGGCUCUGGCAAAUACCUUUUCAAUGGCUGCGUUGUCAUUCAACGCUACUCAGCAUCGCUGGUCAACAGUCCGAAGCUGCUUUGCCUCCCAGCCUCUUCAUAACUCAAUUCCGCCAAUUGUCAUCUACCAACUCCUCCACUUGUCUGCUCAAGCUCAGCAAAUCUCUCAUGGCUGCUUUCAUGACUGCAUGACUCGAUGCAUGUCUUUGCCGCUGAGACAGCUGAAGCCAGACGAGUCUGCCACUAUGGACCUCAGCUUUGCUGCACGCCCCGCUGGUACUCCUCUUACCCCGGUCAACCUUGGCCCUCCAACUUACUGGGAGGAGCAACGACUGCUGCAGACCACCCUGCGCUUCUUCCUCUUCUGGGACCUCAAGGAUGCCGUUGAAUACGGGCUCCUCAUAAUGAAGUCCCACGCAGACGAUACCCUCCUCAAAACAGACAAUGUCGAAGACUACUGGUGCAAGUCCUUCCACUACGGCCGCCUUGUGCACGACCAGCGAAGCAGGAUGUUCUGGUCCGAGGUCUAUCAAAUGAAGGCCUUCCUUACCUGGGCCAAAGCCUGCAACCCCGGUGUCCCUCUCAGCCGAAACUGCCUCCAGUCACUCCUCUGUUGCUCCCCUUCGUCGAUGCCCUGCUGCCCUCUAACGCCGGCCGCCCCUGGUGGGUUCGUGUCCGGCGACAUGGCAAUGGUUAAUGGCGUCCCGCCUGGCUGGAGCAUCCUGGCGAGUCUGCAGGGGAAUAUCCAGGAGAUAGGGGAGGAAGAUCUUGAGUUCUUCUCCCAGUUCGGUUUUGACUUCUGGGACCACGAGCGGCUGCUGGCCUUCGGGCUCACCAAGGGGCCGCUUGGCAGGGACCAUGCUCUAGGUGCAGAGCAGCCAAAUGUGUGGCAGGAUUUGUUUCAGCUGGCCUUUGUGUGGUCCAGCAUUCUCCCAGCUCCGCGCUGGAGAAUAUCGGACCGGAAUUUUGUGGAGUAG